AAGUUAAAACGUUCAUACUUUCAAGAGUCAAUUGACAACAACAACGGAAACCCACAAGGAAUUUGGAGAGCGCUAAAAUCUCUUACCAAGUCUAAAAAACAAAGCAAGAUCACAGAGUUAAAGAGGGAGGAUGGCACGUCAGAAACUGAUACACUAGCUAUGACGAAUAUGUUAAAUGAAUUCUUUGUGAAUAUUGCGAGCGGUUUGUGCGCUAACUCUACCCCAAGUGAGUUGGAUACAAGCAUUCUUGAGAACUUUGUUUCGUCUAAAUUUACUAAUUCCAACACUCAAUUUAACAUCCCUCCUAUAACGGUACAGGACACUAUGGAAAUGAUUGAUAGUCUUUCGAGCCGGAAAGCAACAGGUUCUGAUGGUAUUAGUGCCAAAUUAUUGAAAUUGGUUGCACCCGUCUUAUGUCAUCCUUUAACACGAGUCUUCAAUCUAUCCUUGGAAAAAGGGUGUUUCCCAAGAAAAUGGAAGGUUGCGCGGGUAACCCCGCUUCACAAAGAUGGUGUGCGUGACAUCAAAGAUAAUUACAGACAUAUCUGUUUUAUCUGUGCUGUCAAAAUUGAUUGA